GUACUUUUAUUUUGAAGGCUUGUUUUCAACCAGAUAGUAGCUAGCUAGCUACUGUAUACAUUUAGCUGGUCAGUUACCACAUUUGGCUCCUUCUUAGUUAUGUUCGUAAUUUUAGCCAAUGGUAGCUAGUUACUUCUAUAUGUCUCUGGUUGUGUGUGGUCAGUUUGAACUGUCACGGUGUGGUCGAUCAGUCGGUGUCUGUUGACAUUGUAGAAGUCACUCCACCGUCGCACCGCACUGCGAACCAGCUAUCAUCAACCGGAACCAAUCUCUGCGGUAGUUCACUAUGACUGCUGACCCGAGUGCUCCGAUGACAGCGAUAGAUCCGCUCAGGUUGAGAGUGUUCUCUCUCAACUGCUGGGGCAUCCGUUACCUCAGCAAACACUGUUCUCAGCGCUAUGCUAUGGUUGCGGAACUGCUGAGCAGGGACGGGUAUGAUAUCGUCUUGCUGCAGGAGGUAUGGAGUGAAAAAGACUACCUCUUCUUGAAAAAUAAGCUUGCCUGUAGCCACCCUCACUCUCAUUACUUCAAAAGUGGUGUCAUAGGAAGUGGACUGGCCACCUUCUCCAAACACAGAAUCAACGAUGCCUUUCUGUACUGCUACUCCUUAAAUGGUUACCCUUACAUGGUGAGUCAAAAGGACCCAACACAGAGCUCUCAGUCUGGGACGGUGUAUGUGUGUGUGUGUGUGUGUGUGUGUGUGUGUGUGUGUGUGUGUGUGUGUGUGUGUGUAUCUGUGUGUGUGUGUGUAUAUCUGUGUGUGUGUGUUUGUGUGUGUAUCUGUGUGUGUAUCUGUGUGUGUGUGUGUGUGUGUGUGUGUAUCUGUGUGUGUGUGUGUGUGUGUGUGUAUCUGUGUGUGUGUGUGUGUGUAUAUCUGUGUGUGUGUGUUUCAGCCUAUGAGCCCCUGGCGCCCCCCCUCCCCCCAGCAGCCACCGCCGUGCCUGUGUGGCAGGACCGCACCAUCGCCUCCUCCAAGCUGCGGAUGCUGGAGUACUCCGCCUUCAUGGAGAUCCAGAGAGACCCGGACAAUUACAGCAAACACCUGUUCGUCCACAUCGGGCAGACGAACCCCUCCUACAGCGACCCUCUCCUCGAGGCCGUGGACAUCAGGCAGAUCUACGACAAGUUCCCAGAGAAGAAGGGCGGGCUGAAGGAGCUGUACGAGAACGGGCCACAGAACGCCUUCUUCCUGGUCAAGUUCUGGGCGGACCUGAACAGCAGUGGCAUGCAGGAUGGCCCAGGGUCGUUCUACGGCGUGAGCAGCCAGUACAGCAGCUCUGAGAACAGCAGCAUCACCGUGUCCACCAAGGUCUGCUCCUUCGGCAAGCAGGUGGUGGAGAAGGUGGAGACGGAGUACCCCAGGGUGGAAGGGGGGAAGUGUGUGUUUAGGAUCCAUCGCUCCCCCAUGUGUGAGUACAUGAUCAACUUCAUCCACAAGCUCAAACACCUGCCGGAGAAGUACAUGAUGAACAGUGUUCUGGAGAACUUCACCAUCCUGCAGGUGGUGACUAACAGGGAUACCCAGGAGACCUUGCUCUGCAUAGCGUUUGUGUUCGAGGUCUCGACGAGCGAACACGGAGCUCAGUAUCACGUUUACAGACUUGUCAAAGACUAACAAGCUCUUCAGGGAAGGAGAAGGCUGACAGGAACCUACAUGACACCACCUCUCCUCUUCCCACUCAGUUGUCCGAGAGACACUUAAACAUCCCCGGCUCCUUUGCAUACAUCCACUCAGAGCAAGAAAGUGAAGUCUCAACAAACAGUGAAAAGACAUCAAGAUAAAAAAAAUUUUUUGAUGAAAAGCCUGCUUCUUACUAGUUUAUAUAAACGUGCUCAGAGGGGGUGGUUGACCUCGGUGACGAUAAUAAAUGUAUAUAGAAACAUAUUCACAGAGGGACUGAGAAUGUGUUUAUGGUGAAAAGAGUAUUUUGCAAGGGAACACAGAGGACUAGGAGCCGUGUAUUUAUACAGAUUGGAACCGUGCGGAAACAAGGACCACGAACGAGAAUAAACAAAGAAAAACAAACUGAAGAAUUGUAGAGCUGUCCAACAAAACGGUGUGAUAGAUAGAUAGAUCGAUAGAUAGAUCGGUUGAUCGAUUGAUCGAUAGAUAUGACUAGUGCCUUUCUCCAAAGACAAGCACUUCAGUCUGCCACUUGCGAUUGCCUUAUUAUGACUACCUCUUGAGAAAAGCAUAGAGAUGCUGGAGAGAAAAUGAAUUCACCAAGCAAUUGUAAACUUGACCUAACUAUGCAUUUUACCCCUCAAAUGUAUAAUUUUGAAGCAUCAGAUUCAUCCCGGCAGACUGUGGAAAACCUUACAGCUGUUAGGUUUUCUUAUUUGAUCAAAAAAUGAAAGGUUACACGUUUGUCUAUGGUCCAAGUGUACCAAGAGUUUCUAAGUCUAGACUAGAUCAGAGGACCCACUAUCCGUCUGACGGGUCCGGUAUCCUGGCGUGUUCCCUUCUCUCUCGAUCCCUGUUGUUUUCAGGGGCCUAAACAACAAAACAAGUGCCUAAGUGCACUAAAGGAUCAAGAAAGGGUACAGACAAGUGUUUAUUUUCUUGAGUUUCUGAGUUAUAUGUAGCCUGAUCGAAAUGAACAGUUUAUGUGCUGUGAAUGCUACAGUGAUGUGUGUUACAUAGGAGUAUGUUGCGCUCUUGUUUAUGUUUGUGAUCAACUUGAACUCAGCACCGAGAUUCCAGCAGUCAGAAAGCAACAGUGUUUCCCCUCUGCAACAAGGAGGAGGGAAAGACUGCAUGUUAUUUACGUGUUUAUACAGACUUUGUAUGUUUUCCUGUGAACUUCCAGAUCAAUUUGACAUCUUUAAC